CACAAGUAACAUAGUAACAAUUUCUUUCCCUUGUCUAGUUCACCGAGUGGUAGAAGAUUUUGUAUACGAUGUCGCUUUUAAUUGGAUUAUUAUCUAUUAUUCUAUUUAAUUUAGUAUCAGCCGAUAGUGUUCUGGAUUUCACUGACCAAGAUUUCUCGCUAAGAAUUGGAGAACAUGAAACUGUGCUUGUUAUGUUUUAUGCUCCUUGGUGUGGACAUUGUAAGAAAUUAAAACCUGAAUUUGAGAAGGCGGCUAGCUCUUUAGAAGGAAGCGACCCUCCGAUAGCACUCGCCAAGGUGGACUGUACAGAGGGAGGAAAGGAAACUUGUAACAAGUUCGGAGUGUCAGGCUAUCCCACCCUGAAGAUCUUUAGCAAUGGGGAAGUCAAGAAAGAGUACCAGGGCCCCAGAGAAGCAGGUGGCAUUGUUAAGUACAUGAAGUCACAAGUUGGUCCUAGUGCAAAGGACCUCAAGACUGUUGAAGAUUUUGACAAGUUCCUUGCCCAAGAAGAAGUGGGAAUUGUUGGAUUCUUUGAAAAGGAGUCCGAUUUGAAGGGCGAGUUCUUGAAGAUUGCUGACAAACUGAGAGAAAAACAUCGCUUUGGUCUGUCAACAGCUUCCGCAGUCUUGGAAAAACAGGGAGUCAAGGAUGGCAUUGUCUUGUUCCGCCCCAAGCAUUUGCAAAGCAAGUUCGAGCCCAGCACAGUUACAUACGAAGGCAAGCCAAGCAAGAAUGAAAUUGAAAUUUGGAUCAUCAAGAACAACCACGGAUUGGUUGGCCACAGAACCCGUGACAACAACGCAGACUUCAAUACACCUCUGGUUGUAGCUUACUACGCAGUUGACUACGUGAAGAACGUUAAAGGAACCAACUACUGGAGGAACCGAAUCCUGAAGGUGGCCAAGGAUUUCAGCAACGACUUCACAUUCGCUAUCAGCUCCAAGGACGACUUCCAACAUGAGCUCAAUGAGUUCGGCUUUGACUAUGUUCCUACAGAAAAACCAUUGGUGUUGGCUAGGGAUGCAGACAAGAAAAAAUACGUCAUGAAGGAUGAGUUUAGCAUCGAGAACUUUGAGAAAUUCCUGAAUGAGUUGAAGGCCGGGUCAGUGGAGCCAUACCUCAAAUCUGAGCCAAUCCCCGACGACAACAGUGGACCCGUCAAGGUAGCUGUGGCCAAGAACUUUGACGAGGUCGUCACCAACAACGGCAAGGACACACUGAUCGAGUUCUACGCUCCUUGGUGCGGCCACUGCAAGAAACUGGCACCAGUGUGGGACGAACUGGGAGACAAGAUGAAAGACGAGGAUGUAGAGAUUGUCAAGAUGGACGCCUCCAACAAUGACGUGUCCGGACCUUUCGAGGUCAGAGGUUUCCCUACACUGUACUGGGCUCCUAAGGACAACAAGGCCAGUCCUGUACGAUAUGAGGGUGGUCGUGAGGUAGAAGACUUCAUCAAGUACAUCGCCAAGUCUGCGACAUCGGAACUCAAAGGUUACGACAGGAAGGGAAAACCGAAGGCCCAGAAGACCGAGUUGUAAGCAGCCAAUGACCAAAGUCGAGAGAAUUGUGUGACUGAUCAUCAGGAGCUUGAAAAAAGACACAGGUGGUAUUUGAACAAAUUCGGACUUAAAGCACACGCGUGGAGUGUUCUAAUGCUGCAAGGCUUGAGUGAUAGACAGUGUUCAAGUCUUAUUAUGUUAACAGGUAAAAUUUAAAUCAACGCUUUUAAUUGCAAUAAGCAUAGUUUUGAGCCGCUUCCUAUAUCUCCACUCUCAAGUGUUAUUGUAGGAAAAUAUUUUGAGCAUUUAAUCUUGUUAUGUAUUUUAUUUAUGUGUUUUUUAGGAUAAAAUAAAAUUUAAAAGUAUUUGAGUUUUGAAAUAAAAAUGAAUUUUGUGGGCAAACUUAAAAGUUUAUAGAAGUAGAUGGAAAAAAGUCAAUUAGGCUGUAUUCAGGAAUCUCCCAAUGUUGUAAAACAUGAUGAUGGUUUGGUAAAUUAUAUUUUUAAGUUUGAAAUGGGCUUGAAGAAAUUUGUAUAAAGUAAGAGUUAAGAAUUUAAUUUUUAUUAGAAAUAAAAUAAAGUAUUUAGCCAAAUUAAGGGUUGUAACAACUAUGGAGAUAAUGCAAUGUGUGUACAUGAUCAAAUGUGUAACCUACAAGUGUGUGUAUAUAUUGUAUUCGAUGUUAAUAUUUUAUACAAUCAAUAUUGUUUUCCAUUUAUACUUGAAUUUUUAAUUUUCCCUCAUCCAUUCCGAGCAUUUCUUAGAUGGUUUGUAUUAAAUUUUGUUAAUAAAAAGUAUUUUCAAUAAA